AGUCUGGUCUUCCUCUGGUCCGUCUCUUAUUAUCUUCCCCUGUUGGUGGAGGAGCAUGGCGGCAGGACUUUUAACGCUCUAGAUCUGAGUCUGUAAAUAAAAGUAUCACCUGAAACUACCAGAGAGAUCUUUGAUGUGAGGGGUUAAAGUGUAGUGGUUACCAUGGGAACAGACAAGGGUGGUACAGCUGUAUCAGAGGGGAGUUUGUCUGUGAGUGAUGGAGACAUAGAGAGGUGGAUGACCUGUGCCUUUGAGAUGGUGAGACACUAAAUAGGCUGAUCUUUAGAGUUUAAAGUUAAAUUCUCUUUCAUCUAUUAUCAUCUAUUAAUAUAUAAAUCAUGGACUUAUUCAGUAACAUUGGCAUCCAUUAACAUCAUGAUCAUCUAUCAUCAUUCACAUUAUCAUCAGUAUCAUCAUAAUCCAUCAAUAUCACUAUCUCUGUCUGUUUGUGUUGAUUUAUCCCAAAUGUGUGUGUCUGUUUGUGUUGAUUUAUCCUGAAUGUGUGUCUGUUUGUGUUGAUUUAUCCUAAAUGUGUGUGUGUCCUCAGGCUGCAGACGCUUUGAAGGGCGGGGAGGUGCCUGUCGGAUGUCUGAUGGUUUAUGAAAAUCAGGUCGUUGGAAAAGGAAGAAAUGAAGUCAACGAGACCAAAAAUGUAACGAAACAACCUUUAAACUUUGCAGCCCUGCUGAACAACAGAUCAAACUCAUUGAUCUGUAGUGUAUGUGCUCUGUUUGCAGAUGACAGGCUCUGAUUGAUCAUAACUGAUGAUCAGCUCCAAGAAUUUAGUCUGAAACACUCCUUCAGUAUAAACUUUACACCCCCAAAUCAUGAGUCUAGUUUUCUUCAGAGCCAUUUUAACCAUAUUAGACAAAGUUUGAAAAGUUUUCAGCUCAGCACCAAAGCUCUUCACAUUUUUACCAGAACAAAUGAAUCUGUAUUAUCUGUAUUAAUUAUGUUGUUGGAAGAUUCAGGGACAGUACAGAUAUCAUAAAGGUAAAGAAUGGUGGACUGAUCACAGGUCCUUGAGGUACUCUAUACCCAUCCUCUGACUCACACCUCCACCUGUAAGAUAAAGCACUGAUAAUGAGUUUGUGACUUCAGCUGCUUAACGGAUUACACUGUUCAGGAGAAAAAGUUUGAUUUAAAAAGAAAAUAAAUAAAAAGUUUCACUUCCUGUCUGAUUGAGUCUGUAAACUUAAAAAAAUUUAACCCUCAGGUGAGUCAGUCAGGACAGUUUGAGUGGAAACCUCUACCUGUUAUUUUUUAACGAAAAUAUUUUUUUCUCCUGUGUACGUGUGUGUAAGGCCACUCGUCACGCUGAGAUGGUCGCCCUGGAUCAGCUGCUGGAUUGGUGUCACCAUAGUGACCUGGAUGUAAAGGGCGUGUGUAAGAGGACGGCGCUGUACGUGACCGUGGAACCGUGCAUCAUGUGUGCUGCUGCUCUAAGACUGCUCAGUAUCCUGCUUGUGUGUGUGUCUCCAGAACACACCUAUAUACGUGUGUGUGUGUGUGUGUGUGUGUGUAGCUCACCUUUGCAUUUUCCCAUGACAUGCUCUCAGACAUCCCUGUGGUCGUGUUCGGCUGCAGGAACGAGCGGUUUGGAGGUUGUGGAUCUGUUCUGGAUGUUUCCUCUGCUGGUCUUCCUCAGACUGGAAGCCCGUUCAGGGUCAGCUGACUGUGUUUUUUUUUUGAGUGUUUUAAUUCUGUCACUGUUUUCCAUAUCUAAACUCUGUUCAGAGUGAAUCUGUGAAGCACAGCAGAGAAAUCUGAGCGUUUAAGACUUUCAGUUUUACUUUGAGUGUAUUUGUGUCUAAUUAAAUGUAAUGUUUGUGUUUGUGUGUCGUCAGUGUGUUUCAGGCCACAGGGCAGAUGAAGCUGUGGAGAUGUUGAAAACUUUCUACAAACAGGAGAAUCCAAACGGUGAACACAAACUCUCCUCCUCCCCUCUUUCUUUUCUAUUUCCAUCCUUUUCUUCUUCCUCUUAGCUGUUUGCACUCUCAUUUCAUAGAUUUUUCUUCCUUUUCAGGAUCUUUUCUCUCCCUCCUUUCCUCUGUCUCAGCACUUUGGAACCUACCUCUCUUUCCUUGUUCCUUUGCACAUGCAGAACUUCUUUAGGUGUUUCUUCCCUUUGUUUAACUGUUCUUUCCUGACCCAUUUUUUUUUGUAUUAUUAUUUCUUCUCUCUCUUCUGUUUCAGCUCCUAAACCCAAACCGAGGAGGGACUGAGUGGUUCUGGAUGAAUCUGCUGAUUAUUCAUCUUUGAGUUGUUCUUAUUAAUUGAUUUUUUUUUUAUUUAAUGAAUAAAACUUUCUAAAUAAUCAGUUAAGUGUGUUUCCUAAAAUACACACAAAGAAAAUAUUGAAACCUGUCACCCUCUCCCUCACAAAGAUGAAAGCAAACUAAACUCAUUAUAAGGUUUGCAAAUAGAAAAUUUCUCUGCGACGAGGGAGGAUGCUCAAGGGAAGAAAUGUUCCCGUGGUGUUAUAUUCAGACAGAUAUCCUCUGAUAGAAACUAAACCUCCUUUGACUCAGGCCAUCAGGAGACACUCAAACUUUAUUGGUUCUGUGAGUUACCAUGUUUAUAAUGUUAUAGAUGUUCAGUCGUUUUCCUGAAGUUUAUGGAUGAAGUCAUGAAUCAACAGGUAUCAGAUAAUCAGGUUAAAUAAAGUUUCUGUGUUAGAUAAUCUAGAGACCCAUUUAUGCUCCAUGUUAAAUGUACAGAAACAGAGACGUCCUUCACGUAUCUGCAGGUUUGAGUCUGAGCGGCGCCCUCUGGCAGAUGAUCUGCUCAGAAGCGACACAAAGGCUACACUGAGGUAUGAGACCUGUGAGGAUUAUAGCGUUAAAAACACACAAUUUUAUAAUCAUUAACAUGAGAGGAGCAUAAAUGAGCCUCAGUGUAAUAAACUGCAUGUUUAUUAAUGACAAUGAAUGUUUGAGUAUUUAAAGUCCAUAAUAACACAAAGGUUGACUCUGCCUUCUUCACCUCUGACACACUACUAAACGAACAAAGAAGAAAAGUAAAUAACCAUGAUUUCUGUCUUUUUUUAAGUUAUUGUUUCCUCAAAGUUCAAAGGUCCUCAGAGGUUUUUCCAUUUCCAGCAAAGUUACUUGUUUUCUUGUUCUUCUGCUGUGCUGUGUAACUGGGGCAUAAGUCAUCCACCAAGAUUUGCCAGUUUUUCAGCCCACUGAGUCAGGGAGAUGAUCACUCCCCUUUGACCUUUUCUGAAAGAGACACACAAAGCGAAGGGGAAAAUUCUUUAAAAAACAGAAGAAACAGAGAAAAAUUCAUAAAAACCGUGUGUACCUGUGUGUGUACCUCUGUGUAUACCAGUGUAUACUUGUGUUUAUACCUCUGUGUAUACCUGUGUUUAAAUCUUUGUGUAAACCUCUGCGUAUACCUUUGUGUGUACUGGUUGUUACUCUCUGGGUAUACCUGUGUAUGUGAACCUGUGUGUGUACCUGUGUUUAUACCUCUGUGUGUACCAAUGUGUAUACCAGUGUAUACCUGUGUGUACUUGUGAUUAUACCUCCAUGUAUACCUGUGUGUAAAUCUUUGUGUAAACCUCUAUGUAUACCUUUGUGUGUACCUGUGUGUAUACCUCAGAGUUUACCUGUGUGAUAACCUAUGAGUAUCCCUGUGUGUGUGCUGUAUGUUCACUUCUGUGUACCUGUGUUGUACCUGUUUGUAUUGCUUGUGUACACCUCUAUGUAUAGCUUUGUGUAUACCUAUAUUCAUUGAUGUGUGUACAACUUUAUGUUUACCUUCAUGUAUACCUGUCUGUGGUUUUUAGAGUGUUUCGACCUGUGAUGUUACCUGUGUGUUUACCUGUUUGUGUACCUGCUUGUGUACAUACUGUCAGUAUGUACCUGUGUGAAUACCUUUAUGUGUGUGCCUGUAUGUAUACCUGCGUAUGGUUACAAAAUUGUGUAUACCUGUGAUUAGCCUGUGCAUAUACAUGCAGAGUGUGUUAAUCUGUGAUGUUACCUGUGUUUUUACCUGUGUAUGUACCUGCUUGUGUACUUGUAGGAAUACAUGUGUAUCCCUUAGUGUGAAUACUCGUGUGUAUACUUUUACAUGUGUGCCUGUAUGUAUACCUGCCUAUGGUUAAAAAAUUGUGUAUACCUGUGAUUAGCCAGUGCGUAUACGUGCAUAUGGUUGUAAGAGUGUAUAUCUGUGAUGUUACCUGUGUGUUUACCUCUGUGUAUACUUGUGUGUAUACCUGUGUGUGGUUUCUCCCAGAUGUAGCUGUUGAGGAUUUCUCCGAGCGUAUAGAAAACACCGAUUACCACCAUCAUAACGCUAAAGAAGACAACUCGAGCCAGCGGGGUAAUGCGCUCCAGCACUGGGUACACCCACACACCUGUCACCUGGUGCACCCAGCAUGUCCUGAUUGAAUGAGGGCACAGGAAGUUUGAGGGGAGGGGGGGUCAGUCAUAUAUCACAUGAUGAUGUUAAACAGGUAAAUGACUGUAUUUGUCAGGUGGUUUCAGUAUUAUUAUUUUUUUUAAAUCCUCUUCCUGUCUCACAAAAAGCUCUUCAUGCUUGGGUAUCUUUAUAUUAAUAUUAUCAGGCAAUAAAAAACAUCCUGAACUUCAGGUGCCAUAAUUACAGUGCAUUCAGAGGCUGUAAACCAUCAAACCAAAACUUUUCUAUCUUUGAGUCAAUAAAUCUGCAAAUGGAAAAUAACAGGAGGAUUCUGAUCUUAAGUACAAGACCAAGUUCCUCUUCAGUGACUUGUUUGUGUGGCAUUCAUGGUGUGUGGGAAAAAGUAAACCUUCAGUACCAGAGGAUGUAUGCAAUGCCAAAGCAGCAAACAGCCACCAGACCGGAUGAUCUGCUAGGGUAUCGAUGGUUGGUGGUCCUCAUCUCGAUGAUGAUAAACGGAAGGACAGUGGUGUGCUGAGGGGACAAAGAAUAAUUUAGAUUCACUUUUCGGUUUUCCUCGGACCCCAGAAACUAAAACUAGAAAUAAGAACUAUCACUGAGCUUGGGGGAGCAAAAACAAGAUGAAUGAUCUUUACUCUCAAAUAACCCAAAGAUCCAGAGACUUUUGUGACAUCCUUCAAACUUUUCCUGGGAUCCUGGGACCUCUUUCUGAGAAACUUUUUUGAGGUCUAGAAAGACUGAGAAGGAUCCUGGCAUCCUCUUACUGGAUCUCCAAAGUCUUUUGCAAGAUUGGAAGAAUCAUUUGGUGAUCCUGGGAAACUUUUAGGAGAUCUUGAAAGGCUGAAAGAUUUUGAGAAACUUAAACAUUCUGAAAUCUUGUAUAAAUAAACUUACAAGAUCUCAAAGGAGCACUGACUUUUGCCUUAAAUGUGUUAAGAAUGAGGACCAAAUACCAGGAUCAGGAUUUUCUAACUGCUCCUCUGAAGCCUCUGUCUAUCUUUGAUAUUAUAUUGAUCAGUUUAAAUAAAGUCUGUAUUUGAUAUUUAAUUACAGUGAGUGGUUAAGUUUAAGAAAGUCACUCUCUUCCUUGAACAGCAUCAGUGUGAAAUCAUCAAAGUCAAAGAAAAGACCGAUCUCACUCUACACACACAUUUAUAAAAAGUCCUGACACUGCACUUAUACCCAGCAUGCAUCUGUGGAAUUCCUCUCUAUUGAGUUUAAAUGUAGUUUCCGUCCCUCCUUCUGUCUUCCCUGUCCUUGUUUCUUUUCUGACCCCCCCUGUGUUCAUCCCUCCUCUCCCCCCUGAGGUCUGUGGUUCUGCUGGAGCCUCAGGCUGUCAGCUUUCAGCCUUCAGUAUUCAGCUUUUGUGGAAACCCCCUCCAACAGACGGCAGUGGCUCGAUCCUGUGGUCUGGGGCUAAAAAUGGGAUGUACUAUUUCACACAGCUGGGGGUGGGUUGGGUCAGCUGACUGAAGGCGAGUUCAUGGGUUCAAGUGUCCUCUAAAGUCGAGGAAAGCUGAGGUCUGAGAAUCAUAAAUAGAUUCAGAUAGUUCUCAGGAGGACAGAUGUGAACUUGGAGUGCUGGCUAAUGCUCAAAAAUCACACUCAAUCAAAAUGAAAUCUGACCAGGUCACUCCUGGAGUUCAAAUAAAACCUGCAGGCUAAAUUUCUGACAGCAUGAAAAACUAAGUCUGAAAACAGCAGCUGAGAACUGAACCCUGAAACCUGACCACGUUUCCUUAGCUCCACAUGUAGAACACAUAAAAUAAGCCAAAUAAGCCGGUCUGAGUGUUUCCCAGAAAACAGGUGACAGGAGAUAGCGGGAGAUGAUAUAAGACUACAGGAGACUACAGGAGACAGCAGGAGUUCAACGUCCACAUGUCUGUGCUGGUUAGUUAUUGUUCUAGUGGUAAAAAAGACCCAAACUAAGUGCUCCUGCUGGACCUCAUGGUUAUUCUUCAGACCGCUCAGUCAUCUCUGGUUCUGACAGUAAACCUCUGACAAUGAGAUGAAGUAAAGAUAUAUUGUUUUGUGUUUGGGAGUCACUCCUCAGACCUUUGGCUGAACUCGUCAUUAUUCCACACACAAAGGAGUAAAAUCCCUCUCUGCUGUGUGUUUUUCUUUACCCGGUCUCUAUAGUGUGGGCGCUGCACAAAACCAGCAGUGCACUGACUGAACAGAAUAAGGUGGAACUUGUUUGAGGAGUGGAGGGUGAGCCCUGGAUUUGAACAGGAUAAAUCUCUGCCAAAGAAAACACCACAGAAAACUCUGAUUAUAACUGAGAUUAGGGUCCAAGCCCGCUCUUUUUAAACAGAGAUAAUUUGGGUUAUGUCACAGCUUUAAAUAAAUAAAAUCUGAUUGGUUGAUCAAUCAGUAUUGGAUAUCAUUUCUGGGCCUGUUUUAUCACAUGAUCCAAACCUGCAGCUGCAAUAAGAGGAUUACAGAUUAUAUUGUAUCAAACCAAACAUAACAUUUCAUAUCACAGUGUAUCACACUCUAUUGUCAGAAUAUACUUAGAUAUUAUUACUUGUCAUUCUGUAUUAUAUCUUAUUCUUGUCAUAAUGUAACAUGUGCCAAAAUGAAUCAGGUCAAGUUGUAAAAUAUAAUAUCUCCUUCCAUAUUACAUCACCUGAUAUUAUAUUUUAUCAUUUCAUAUUGUACUAUAUUAUAUUGGGUUGUAUCUUAUAUCAAAGGAAUAUUCCGGCGUAAAAUUAAGUUAGGGUCAAACGAGUUAGACACCCCCUCAAGAGAUGAAUGUUGCCGACUGCUUGCUUCUCUAGUUAUACAAACUUCAGUAAUGACCGCACGAUAGCAAUACACAGCGGUCUAAGGAGCCAUAAACAAACCUCAACCAAAAAGCCACUCUAUAGCCACAAAUAACAGCACCUAACUUCAUCAACAGGACAUAUAGGGUUCCAGCCACCGACUGCAAGAACAUUUAUGAUCAUUAAUUUAUCAUUUCCUUGAAGUAAUAAUCACCAUAUUAAUCAUUUUGCACUGCAGACGCAGUAGUUCUUCUGCCUUAGUGUCUUGGUCUGAUUGCAUUUCCAUGAAGAAAUGAUCAUAAAUGUUCUUCCUUGAGCUGCGUCACCCCGCUGUGGUCAGUAAUGGGCUCGUCUGAGGUCUCCAUACAAACAAGCCGCUGCUGGAAGAGUGAGGGUGAGUUGUGUUUAGUCUCUUUGCAAAAGAAAUCAGGCAAAGUUAAAAAGAUGUUUGGUGGCUAGUACUGUGGCUGGGACCCUAUAUGUACUGUUGAUGAAGUUAGGUGCUGUUCUGAGCAUUAUUUGUGGCUAUAGAGUGGCGUUUUGGUUGAGGUUUGUUCAUGGCUCCUCAGACCGUUGUGUACGGCUAUCCUGCAGUCGUUACUAAAGUUGGUAUAACUAGAGAAGCAAGUGGUUGGCAACACUCAUCUCUUAAGGGGUGUCUAACUCAGUGUUACAGUGUGUUUGACCCUAAAUGAAUUUUACGCCAGAAUACCCCUUUAAAACUGUAUCUUACUGUAUAUUUUAUUGGGUGAUCGCAGUGAACAGAAUGAUCAGGGUGAUUGCAGUGAUCAAUAUUAGGUCUGUAGAUUCUGUUAAACACUCUGUAACAUUCUGUCACUUUACAAACUCUGCUCUUGAACCGAAUAAAUAGACACUCUCCUCCUUUAUCCAGGAUCGCUCUGUUCCUCCCUCUUCCAAUGGGAACGCCAACACCGUUACCACGACAACCAGCACAGACAAACAUCAGUGAUACCAUGGAAUACCACAAAAUAUUUACUGAGCUCACACACUCAUGCAUGCACACACACAUGCACGAGCAUACUGGUGGUGUUCUAGUUGUUUUGGUGACGCCAUCAUAGCAACUGCUCAACUGUUACAUCAUGCUCUGGAGUACAAGACAAGAAAACACACAAACGCACAUACAUUCACACAAACACAUACAGCUUUUGUUUGAGUGGUUUAACAGGAAUGAUCAGUUUUUGAACACGUUACAAUGCCUCUCUUCUCUCCUCUCCUUUCCUCUUCUCCUCUCCAAUAUUGAUUUUUUUGGAACUUUUUGUGCUUUACAAAGAUCUUUUUUGUGCUUAAAAAGAACUUUUUGUGCUGUUUUUGGUUAAAAAAUGAAACAAUAGUCCAAUAAAAUGUAAAAGUGUAUUAAACAGAAGCACUUCUACUCUAAAAGGAAUUAUAUUUAAGAAAAGUUAAUGUGAGAAAUCCAAAUCCACCUGUCACCUGGUUUAUGGAGAAUUCUCCUCACCAUUUAAAUAAAUACUCUCUGCGAGUGCUGACUGAAUUAACAGGAUAAUAAUCAUUAUUUUCGCAAAGACACUCUCUCUGCAGGAUGACAAGGGUUGGUGCUGAUGUUCAUCAGUUAAUCAGGAGCUCCCUGAGGGCAUUUUUAAUUAUAACUGUUCAGUGUUAUUAUGACGUCCAUAAACAACGAUUAUCAUCAUCAAAUCACUGUCUGUUCAUGGAUCCAUUCUCAACAGGUAAAGGUAAAUUAAACAGUGAAAUACACUAGACUGACCAUGCCGUGGUUGAGCCACUGAGGGAUGAAGUUGUCCAGUAGUCUGGGGUAGACCAGGUCUCUGUCGUACAGGUACAAACUCCAGAAGGUGAACACCACAAACUACAGAGAAAGAAAGACAAAGAGCAGGUUAGUGAGGAUCAACUGUGCUGUCAGGUCACGUCCUCAUAUUUGCCCUCACAGUUACUCCACUGUCGGGGUGCAGAUGCUUCUUAUUCCCUUUAAAGACAGAGUAUGGGGUUUAAAGCACUCUGGAAAUAUUACUGAAAUCCUAACUUUGUCAUACUGCUGAAGAAACACAGUAAAAUAAAUGCCCUAAGUCAAAAAUGCACCACAACAACCCCCCUAUCUGUUGACACUGUGGUAAAAACAUCAGUGUACGGUGUCUCAGGGUGCUCUUCAAAGUGGCAAUAUAAUGACAGUUAGUGGGCUUUGAAUUGUGAGCUUAUAAAAAGACCAAGACGGGGUCCCUGUGUCACAACCGCACCUCCAACUCCCCACCCCAGCAAUCUGAGAGCAGAGGAUACACCUGAAUGCAGCUUUUGUGCAAGAGGAGGAGCUAAGGCUAGAGCAGGAAAUCUGUAGGAGUGAUAAUAUACCUGAGAGCAGGUGUACAGAGUACUGAGCAUGAACAGAAACACCUGAGUGCAACAACAGGUCUAAGAGGAGAGGCCGAGCAAAGUCUGACAGUGUAACUCUACAGUCAUGUUGUCUGAUGAUAAAGGUCAGUAGACUGUAGUAGUUCCUGAGAGCCCAGUUAGAGGAUGACUCCAGGACUGUACUGGUUCUGGUUUGAUGCAUCAACAAAAUACAAAUCUAAUUUUCCAGAGCAAGAAUUUGAAGCUGCAGAGGGGAGCAGGAGCUACAGUCUGUGUUUAUGCAACUCCAACAUGUCUGAGUGUAAGCAGAGCGAAUCAGAGUACAAGCGGAGGUUUAUUACAGCAACAGCGGGGAGUACAGACGCAUGGAUGCAUCAAAUCAGAGCUGGUUUAAAAGAAUAAUAAUUCAGCCUAAAGCUGAUACUGAUGUUUGACGUCUUUGUUGUUUUUGUGUCUGACUUUUAAAUGAGCUUUGAAAGUUUGACAUAAAUGAACAGCUGUUAGCCCCUCUUUCAAGGUCUCUGGAUGACGUUGCACAAACUGCUUGUUGCUGAUCUUUUGGAGACAGUGUGAUAUAAUUCACACACUUAAAGGGAUAUUAAAGGGCAUAAAAUUAAUUUAGGGUCAAACACACUGUAACACCAAGUUAGGCACCCCUUUAAGAGAUGAAUGUUGCCACCUGUUGCCCCCGAAUGUUGUCACCUACUCUCUUCCAGCAGCUGUUUGUUUGUAGCGAGACCUCAGGCCAGCCCAUUAUGGACUGCAGCGGGGUGACACAGCUCAAGGAAGAACAUUUAUGAUUAUUUCUUUAUGGAAAUGCAAUCAGACCGAGACACUAAGGCAGAAGAACUACUGUGUCUGCAGUGCAAAAUGAUUUAUAUAGUGAUUAUUACCUCAAAGAAAUGAUAGAGAAAUGAUCAUAAAUGUUCUUCCUUAAGCUGCGUCACCCCGCUGCAGUCCAUAAUGGACUGGCCUGAGGUCUCGCUACAAACAAGCGGCUGAUGGAAGAGAGUAGGUUAGUUGUGUUUAGUCUCUUUGCUGAAGAAAUUAGUCAAAGUUAAAAUGAUGUUUGGUGGCUAGUGCUGUGGCUAGGACCCUGUAUGUACUGUUGAUGAAGUUAGAUGCUGUUCUGAGCAUUAUUUGUGGCUAUAGAGUGGCGUUUUGGUUGAGGUUUGUUUAUGGCUCCUCAGACCGUUGUGUAUGGCUAUCCUGCAGUCAUUACUAAAGUUGGUAUAACUAGAGAAGCAAGUAGUCGGCAACAUUCAUCUCUUGAGGGGUGUCUAACUCAGUGUUACAGUGUGUUUGACCCUAAAUGAAUUUUACGCCGGAAAAUCCCUUUAACUUUACUUUAGAUCAUUAUAACAAAUUAGUUAGUCCAGCAGAGACGUUUCAAGACCGAUAAUAAACUCUGAAUUAGCUGUGAGGACAGCUUUACAGAUUUACUUCAGUGCGAUGAAAACAGGAUAGGGACUCCUGACAUCAGUGCAGGGAGCAGCAGGAGCAGCUGUGCAGAGGUCUGUUGGCAGGGCUGACGUCUGCUGAUUCUGAAGCUGAUUCAUCAGGUAUAAGAGAGAGACAGCAAAAAAAGGCUCUAAAUAAGAGCUUGAUGAAUCUGUUUUCAAAGCCAGCGGUCAGUGACAACAUACACCUUCGAUGCCCCAAUCUUAUUUUAAUGAAAAACAUUUAACAAUACUUCUGAAACAAUACGAACAUUUUGUUUGUUUUAACUGCACAUGAGGUAGUUUUCUCAAAUAUAAAUAAAAAGUUUAAAAUAUUGCUGUCCAAACUACUAAAAAUCAGUUCCUUCUUUUAGUCUUUUAUUACCACAUUGUAAAAUUACCAAUACUUGCACAACAGGUCACACUGCAGGCCUGUUUUGAGCCUCUUACCAUAUUAAAGUGCACAGCGGCAUUUUGCUUUUACAAAAAAAAAAGGAAAUCAAAAGGUUUGAGGAAGUAAGUAAAAUAAUUAUUUACAGGAGAAACUAACAACACAACUUAAAACACCAAUAAACUGUCCUGAGUUUUAGGUUUCCUUGUAGUGGGUUCAACAUGCUUCGUUGGUCAUGCUGCGAAUGACUGUUGUGUGUGCCGCUGGCGCUGACGCACACGUGCUUGCACACAUGACCUGGUGGGUGGGCCUGUAAUUCUGGCAAAGCAAAAAGCAACAACGGCUGACUUCAGACCUAUGCUGAGGUAGGCAAGAUCGGUGGAUAAAAUCGGUUUCAUAUGUAAGGAUCAGCCGAUCACCGAUCCCCCCGCAGAUCCACCAGCCGGACGAUUUAUCGGUGCAUGUUUAGAACCAAGAUAUGGCCCCAUUCAAGACACCUGAAGAAUACAGUUUUAAGAAUCAUGUCCACGUUUUUGCAUUCAAAACCCUGCAGCAGAGCAGAAGCCUGGAGAGUUUAGAGAAUCUGGUUUGAAUGUGCAGAUGUGAGAGUAUGAGACAGUCUGAGUAUUAGCAGAGAAAAGCGGAGUAGGAGCAGAGACUAUUUCAGGGUGCCGGUUUUUAAGGACAGCAUUGCAGACUGAAAAUGAGAAAUGGAUGAGACACAUACCAAAAUAUAAACACACUUUACUAUGAAGAUUUGAACACUUGGAUGAAGACUCACUAAGUUCAGAGGUGGACAAGGUUUCCUCUGUUCUGCUGAAAUCUAAAUGAAGCUCUGUUUGUGCUCGUGACUUCCACAUGCUAGGCUCAGAAAUGUUUACAGACCUCUAACAGAGCAGAAAGCCUCCUGGACCAGAGCUGGACCUAGGUUCAGAGAGAGCACUGCAUCCUGUCAGUGUGUGUGUGUGUGUGUGUGUGUGUGUAUCCAUCUACUCACAGCUCCCA